AUGUCCCAAAGCUCAAGACUCCAAGGCAAGGUUGCUAUCGUCACCGGAGGAGGCUCAGGCUUCGGUGCAGCAAUUGCUAGACGCUUCGGCGAAGAGGGCGCUAAAGUAAUCGUCACCGAUAUCAACGUCGAGGGUGGCGAGAAGGUGGCCGCGCAGAAUCCUAGUAAUCUGAUUUUCCAGCGCAUGGACGUCACUCAGGAAGCUGACUGGAAGGCGGUCUUGGAUUUGGCGUUUGUGAAGUAUGGACGAAUUGAUGUGUUGGUGAAUAAUGCUGGAACUACUUAUCGAAACAAGCCCACAGUGGAGGUCACAGAUGAUGAGUGGGAGCGUGUUUUCAAAGUCAAUGUGAAGAGCAUUUACCUAGCUGCAAAGACCUCCAUGCCGCAUUUUAUCGAGCAAGGCCAAGGUGGAUCUUUUAUCAAUAUCUCCUCCACGGGAGCUAGCCGGCCGCGACCUGGGUUGGUUUGGUAUAAUGCCUCCAAGGGAGCAGUGACAAAUGCCACCAAAGGUCUCGCUGCUGAAUAUGGCCCCCACAAUAUUCGUGUCAACAGCGUUGCGCCUCUUCUCUCCGGGACUGGGCUUUUCUCGAUGUUUACUGGAAUGGAAGACACCCCGGAGAACAGAGAAAAAUUCAUCGGAAAUGUUCCGCUAGGCCGUCUUGCUGAAGCGGAUGAUAUUGCCAACACGUGUCUUUUUUUGGCUAGCGAUGAAGGCCGUUUCAUCAACGGACAUGAAAUGGUGGUUGAUGGUGGAAAGUGUAUCUAG